AUUCAGCACCUGCUACUUAUGACAUGACUACAAACAGAAACAGUCCAAUUUUCCCAACUGGUGAUGAAGUAACUUGGAUUGGUAGUGUGGUGGCUAUUGGAAUGAUGGUCGGAAGUUUAUGUGCAGGACCACUUUCAGACAAGAUUGGCCGAAAAGAUAUCAUAAUAUACAACACCAUUCCACUAACGGCCGGAUGGCUAACCAUUUCUAUGGCUGAAGAUGUAACAAUUGUUAUAGUUGGGCGAGUUCUGACCGGCAUUGGAUGCGGUGUUGCCAUUGCUUCAGUUCCUACGUACUGUGUUGAAAUUUCAACUGCAGGUGUUAGAGGAUUAUUAGGUUCAGCGUGUCAAGGAUUCUUAGUAAUUGGAAAUUUUCUCGUUGUAUUUAUUGGAUCUUAUGUCUCCUGGCAAAUUCUAGCUCUGACUGGAGCUGGUUUUUCUGCUUUUGCAUUUUUUUGUUUUCUGCCAAUGCCUGAAUCCCCGCGCUUGUUGCUGGCAAAAGGUAAGCUUAACCUUGCAAUCAAUGUUAUGCAAAAAUUACAUGGACCGAGUGUAAACGCCGUUGAAGAAUGCAAUGCCAUUUACAAAGAUCUUCAAAACGAACGCAAAGGUAGACUGUCUUUAAAAGAGAUGAAACACCCCACUGUAUAUAAACCAGCUUUAAUAGCAGUAGGACUUAUGUUCUUCCAACAAUUUUCUGGCCUAAUGGUCAUUUUUGGAUAUUCCUCCCAAAUAUUUGAUAUAGCAAAAAGCUUUUUGGAUCCUAAGAAAGCCACAAUUAUUAUUGGUGCUGUACAAGUUCUUGCGACCAUACCAAGUAACUUGAUUGUCGAUAAAGCAGGACGGAAAAUACUUCUCAUAAUUUCAGGAUCAUUAAUGUCCGCAAGCCUUAUUUCUUUAGGUGUGUAUUAUUAUAUGUCAUUCGAGAGGCAAGGCUUUCAAGAAACUUAUAAUUGGAUACCUUUGGUAAGCUUAAUUUCGUAUGUGAUCGCUUAUUCCAUAGGUUUCGGGCCGAUACCCAAUUUUAUUGCGGCUGAAAUGGUUCCAGUAAGAGCGCGUAGUACUAUCAGCGGAAUUGUCGUAUUCAAUUGUGGACUUUUCGCCUUUAUUGUUAUGAAAACAUUUAUCCAACUUCAAGACCUUAUAGGCUCUUACGGAACAUUUUGGCUGUAUAGCAUCAUAGCGUUGAUAGGAAUUUUUUUCGUUAUCUUUCUGGUACCAGAAACAAAAGGAAAGAAAUUAGAAGAUAUAUCAAAACUUUUUGUCAAACCAUAA